UCGUCACACCUGCGCUAGACUCUGAGAGGAAAGCACGCGCGGCUCCUGUCAAAGCAUUUUGUUACAAAAACACUUUGGGAUGACUUAAUCUAAGGCUGUGGACUUUAGCAGCGCUACUAAAGCAUGAACACGCUUCAACAGUAUAUGGCAUUGUUUUUAGUAUUGAUCUGGCACUUCAGGUUCUCGGAGACAUAUCCACAGUCUGGUCUUGACUUGGUAGCCAGCAGGACGGGACGCCAUGUUGGCUGCAGAAUGGACCAGGAGUACCCCAACGGCAACAUCUGCUGUUUAAACUGUCCAGCUGGAACACGUACAGCAUCACCCUGCAGCAGCGAUGGACGGAUCGGCCAGUGUGAGGAAUGUGACGACGGGACGUUCACCGAGCACGGAAACGGACUGAAGCACUGUUUUAAAUGCACACAGUGCCGCCGAGAUCAGGAAAUUGUAAGGGCAUGUACUCACACUGAAGAUGCUGAAUGUCGGUGCAGAUUGGGAGGAUUUUGUGACCCUGACCAAGCUUGUGAAGUGUGCAAGAAGUGUUCAAGCUGUGAAGAAGAUGAAGAGAUCGUGAGGAACUGCACCUCUACGGCCAACACAGAGUGCAAGAAAACCAAGCGACCCAACACUGUCUCUGCCCCAGCCAAGGUCUAUGUGAUUGUGCCAAUCGUACUGGGCCUUACUGUGUGUGCAGCUUUUGUGAUAGCUGUCGUGUGGUGGAAAAGGAGGAGAACAAUAGAUUCUCAGAUAAAUGUAUCCAACAGACUGAAACCUGGACCGGAAGAUGAGCCAUUCCCCAAACUUGUUCCUGUGAAUGGUGAGGAGUCUCUGAGGAAAUGCUUCGAGUAUUUCGAGGAAAUUGACUACAACUACCACAAGAGAUUCUUCCGCCAUCUUGAAAUUAACGAAAAUGUGAUCAGGAGCAAAGAGCACCUUCUCUAUGAAGACAAGAUCCACGAGUUGCUGAACAUUUGGGUAGAGAAAAAGGGCAGAGAAGGCUCCUUAAAUGACCUGCUGAAGGCCUUGCUGGAUCUGAAUCAAAGGCGGACGGCUGAGACUGUGAAGGAGAAAGCGGUGAUGAGUGGUCAUUACGUUUGUGAUGAUAAAUGAAAGGUGGAUUGUUUUCAGAAAGUCCUUUUGGAAACAUGAAGUCAAACAUGAGAGUUCCACUUCUGCUGUUGGCUCCUUGUUGCAUCACCUGAUACUGGUGGCAACUGGCCAUAGUGGUCUUCUGGUAUGAAUCUGUUCAGCUGAACCAAAAAAACAUCACUUGUACAUUUAGUCUAGAUGGAAUUGUCCAAAAAGUGAAAGUGAGGAGCAUUUAUGGGUACAAGUCAG